AUGAACAGUACAAAUGUGACUGCAGUUGUGUUUCAAACCCGUUUUGGAUGGGCACAUUUUUGGGUGACACUAGCCCUACUCAUACCUCUCAUUUUGUGUACCAUUGUCGGAAAUGUGUUCGUGGUUGCUGCUAUUCUGCUGGAAAAACACUUACAAGGUGUGUCGAAUUACUUGAUAUUGAGCUUGGCUGUGGCAGAUUUAAUGGUUGCCACAUUGCCAAUGCCCAUUUCUGCAAUCAAUGAAGUAUCGGAAGACUGGUGGUUGGGUAAUGCCUUGUGUGACUUCUGGAUUUGCUCCGAUGUACUCUGCUGUACAGCCUCAAUUCUCCAUCUGGUUGGUAUCGCACUGGAUCGAUAUUGGGCAGUCACAAACGCCGAGUACAUUCGAAAGCGUACGGCCAAACGGAUCGGUUUUAUGAUUACAGUAUUCUGGCUCCUCUCCGUGGCAAUUUCUCUCCCAGCUCGUUUCAACAUAACGCGUUUAAAAAGUUGGAUUCAACAUUCAAAUUUAGCCGCUAACGAAUCAAUUGAACAAUGGAGUGUACCUGAUUGUGGAAUUAACAAGGAGUAUGGCUACACCAUAUUUUCCACGGUUGGAGCAUUUUAUAUGCCCAUGAUUUUCAUGAUGGGUAUUUAUGCGAGAAUUUAUUUGGUCGCGAAAGCUCGUAUUCGACGGUCCACGUUUCGAAAACGAACCAAUUCACCGCAUGAGCAAUUGACAACUAUCACUGAGACCAAUCAAGGACAGAAAUCAUGCCAUUCUACCAAAUCAAAUUGGGCCAAAUCCUGCGUGUGUUUAGAUUGUUGUAGAAGAGCUCCGCAAACGUUGGCCACAUUGUGGACAAAAGACACGAGUUUGAAGUCGACUAUUGAACGGGAAAAGCCGUUACCCGAAAAACAAAGCGACCAACAUUUGAACGACAUCAAUGGCCACCAAGCAGGGAAAAUCGGACAUCCAAGGAAAUCCACCGGUUCAUGGAUGAAAGCAAAUUUUGUUAACAAGGAAGGGGAUGUUUUGGACAUGCGACAAGAAUUGAAGGCUGAUCACAAAAUUCUCCCCCGUGGACAUUGUGUUAAUUCAUCUGUCCCCGAUUCACACCGAGGCAAAGAUGCGACUCAGUGUCAUCAAUGUCUAGGACAGAUAUUCCUCGGUUCGGUAGAAGAGGAAACCAAAAUUCGCUUUGUAUGGAACCGUAUAUCCCACUCAGCUCCACCCAGCGUUUUUGGCACUCCAAAACUAAGUUACAGUUCCGUAUCAAGCUCGUUUGAUUCCAGCUGUUACACAGCCAAUCGAUCAGAAAAAUCAGAUAUGGCAGCUUGGUCAUCAUCGUGCUCUGUCGAGCAUCGAGCAAAAUCCACCAAAGAUCGAGUUCAUCAAAUCCCACGAUUUUACACUGUCAUGAAAACAUUCAUAAUUCGCAAACAGCAGCAACAACAACAACAACAGGCAUCACCCUCAUCGGCCAAAGAAGAACUGGAUAGUUCACAUAUCCCGAGACUUAAAAAAACGAAAUGGACAAUGCCAAAAUUGAAAUCAGGUCGAACGAGCCGAUCCACUUACAGGCCACUCCCGGUCAAAUCGGUGGGAAGAAAGCAUUCGAAAAGUUGUUGUAGUCCAGCACGGGAAAAAUUAAACAUGAUCGACGGCUAUUUAGAACAGCACAUGGAUGAAGACAUGGAAGAUAUCACGGUCAACAGUAUUGUUCAGGCUCGUUCCGCCAAUGCUGUGGAGUUGGACAAUGCCUCUGGUGGAACGCUACAUUUGGAGGCCAGACUUAAAUCAACCGUGGGUGAAGUAACAAGGUUAGCAACGGUCACUGCCAUGGUGAAAAGAGAACGUCUGGAAAAUCAGAGGGAAAGAAAAGCUGUUAUCACUUUGGCCAUUAUCACUGGUUGCUUCAUGCUCUGUUGGUUACCGUUUUUCAUAGUCGCAGUGAUUGCCCCGUUUAACGAUCGGAUGAGAAUAUCGAAAGUUGGUCACGGUAUUGUUCUUUGGCUUGGUUACUCGAACUCUCUAUUGAACCCCAUAAUUUAUACGAUCUUUUCACCGGAUUUCCGCAAUGCAUUUCGCAAAAUUUUGUUUGGACGAUAUUAUCUUCGCUAUCGUGAUCGAUGA